CUUCUCUCUCCUCAAAACCCCAAGCAACCUCAGAGAUACAAAACCCUAGCCCCCAAUUAAACUCACUCGUUAUUCCUCUCAAGAAGAAGAAGAAGAAGAUUUGAUGGCGGAUAAAGUGAUUUCUCUGGACAGUAUUAAGGCCUUUUGGCACUCCCAGGUUCACGAUCCUGAAAAAUGGGAUCACAACGUGAAAUUACUCCGUGCAGUAGGUAUUUUUGCUGGAUCUAUUGUCUUGAUGCGCCAAUAUGGUGAUAUGAUGGCCAUUUGAGAGAUCGGGUCGGGCAAGGAGUUUGAGCUUCUUGUUGAUAGGAUGGAUUAGUUUAUGCACGUUUGCUUUAUCUUUACUUUACCCCUCUGUUUAUGAUCUUCGAAUGAUUUGUCUUUUAAACUGCCAAAUUCAUGGAAGAGUAAAAUUUGGAUUGCAGUGAUAAUAGCUGUUGGGGUUUUUUUAUUUGACAAAGUAUUUUCCUGUUGAUUUA